AUGUCCUCACCCGACUCCCCCAAAAAAGACGCCUUAACCUCCGUCCAAAGCAUCACCUCCACCAACCCAGACACCACCACCACCUCCUCCGCAUCCCCAACCCCAUCUUCCUCUUGGCGCUCAAAACUGCACUUGCACCUACACCGCACCGCACCACCCAGCGAACCCGGAAAAGAGAAGUGGCGGGAUGCCACAUUGAGUGAAAAGGAGCGCUGGAAGGAUUGGAACAAGGCAAAGGAUAGGGAGCAGAUGAGAGGAUCGACGAUAGGAGCUUUUACCGAGUUUUACAAGGGAAAGGGUAAGACGGGGUAUUGGCUUGAUAUCAGUGAAUGA